AUGUCAGAUAACACGUCAGGAAACAUGUCAGAUAACAUGUCAGAUAACAUGUCAGAUAACACGUCAGGAAACAUGUCAGAUAACAUGUCAGAUAACAUGUCAGAUAACAUGUCAGAUAACACGUCAGGAAACAUGUCAGAUAACAUGUCAGAUAACAUGUCAGAUAACACGUCAGGAAACAUGUCAGAUAACACGUCAGGAAACAUGUCAGAUAACACUUCAGAUAACAUGUCAGAUAACAUGUCAGAUAACACUUCAGAUAACAUGUCAGAUAACACGUCAGGAAACAUUUCAGAUAACAUGUCAGAUAACAUGUCAGAUAACAUGUCAGAUAACACGUCAGGAAACAUGUCAGAUAACAUGUCAGAUAACAUGUCAGAUAACACGUCAGGAAACAUGUCAGAUAACACUUCAGAUAACAUGUCAGAUAACAUGUCAGAUAACAUGUCAGAUAACAUGUCAGAUAACACGUCAGGAAACAUGUCAGAUAACAUGUCAGAUAACACGUCAGGAAACAUGUCAGAUAACAUGUCAGAUAACACGUCAGGAAACAUGUCAUAUAACAUGUCAGAUAACACGUCAGGAAACAUGUCAGAUAACACUUCAGGAAACAUGUCAGAUAACAUGUCAGAUAACAUGUCAGAUAACAUGUCAGAUAACACGUCAGGAAACAUGUCAGAUAACACUUCAGGAAACACGUCAGAUAACAUGUCAGAUAACAUGUCAGAUAACAUGUCAGAUAACACGUCAGGAAACACGUCAGGAAACAUGUCAGAUAAAAUGUCAUUUUUCACUGACCUCUGCAUACAGGACAACACUCCCCUUCGGGAAUGA